CGAUUUCGAGAACGAAACUCAAUCUAUUGCACACUGCCUUUAGUCUAUCUAUCUCGAGUCCUUUGUCGUAACAAAACUCUACAGUUUUUACUUUGCCCGCAGAAUCAUGUCGUCUGCUCAGAAGACCCGCUCGGACAAGAAGACUGAGUCAUCGUCCGAUGGGCCCAUGUCUGAAGACGCGCAGAUGAGGCUCAAGAAGGGAGCCACCAAGGGAGGUUCAACCCGAGGCGAUGGUUCCCAAGUCGAAGUUGAUGAUCACGAUGUGGAGAAGAAAGGAGGAAUGUCAAAGGAUGCGCAGGAGAGACUCAUUGAAGGGGCAAGGAAGGGAGGUCGUGCCAGAGCAGAGCAGCUCGGCCAUGAAGGUUAUCAGGAAAUGGGCCGUAAGGGCGGCCUAGCAACGAAUGACAAGUCUGGUGAGGAAGCGGCUGCUGAGAAGGGUAUCAAAAUUGACGAAGCCAAGUACAAGACCAAGUCCAAGCUAUCGAAAGUCGCUAAGAGCAAGAAGGAUGAUGAAGAAGACGAAGAUGAAGACGACGAAGAAGCAGCACCCUCAUCUGGUGAUGAGGAGUAGACUGCAGCAGCAAAACUGCUAGAGGGCGUACGGCUGCUGCCACAUCUGUGCAAUGUAAAUGCAGCCUGGAAGAAAUUCCAGGAAAUGGAGUAUGUGUGUGAAUGCACCGUGACGUACCUGUAUAUAGCGACUCGUUGAUGAUGCUGGUGCGGUGCUAGCGAUCGCCUUCCCUGUCUCUUGCAGUUUUGUGCAGUCAGUGCAGUUUAGGGAGCACACUCACGAGUGCGCAUGUUGUGUCAGUGAUUAGUGAUCUGAAACACUGUAAGUAGAAAGCUGCAAUUGAGACUGAUACUACGUCGGAUAGAGGUUGGGAGCGCUAGAAAGGAUAUUAACUGGAAAGCCUCACGUUGAGAGAGCCAUCUCUCCUUACUGGUACUAGCCUAGUCAUAUGUCGAGGAGAUGAGCGUUUACAUCAACACAGGCUUAUCGUACAAAUAUAUAUGUACAGAUGUUUUGCCCUGUACGUUUUGUUAUAAUAAUAUUUUCACAACACUAUCGGU